CUCUCUCUCGGGGCUGUGGGGUUGAUUGUGGGGCGGGCUUUAUCGCCACGACAAAAUCUUCUCUCUCCUUCUCAUCCCACAUUCCCGCUUCUUCUUGAAUCUCACUCACUCUAGAGAGAGAAACAGAAAAAGGGGUCCAUAGAGAAAAGUGAGAUACAGUCAACAGAGAGAGAGAGAGAUGGGAGAGGAGGGAAAGAAAUUAGAUAGAGAGUGUGAGAGUGAGGCAUGUGGAGGAGAAGGUCCUGCAAUGGACACCCCAAACCGGAACCAGAUCACCACUCCAGUCUCCCAAUUCGAGGACUCCCCUGUAUUUAACUAUAUCAACAGUCUUUCUCCUAUCAAAACGGUUAAGUCUGUACGUAUUAGCCAGAUGUUCAACUCUUUCAGUUUUACAUCCGUUCCAUCGAUUUUCACUUCACCCCAUGUAAAUUCCCUCAAGGAAUCUAGAUUCUUAAGAAGGCAUAACUUCUCAGAUCCGUCAAAACCCGAGUUUUCUUCCGAGAAUGGGAACAAAAUUGGUGGCAAUGAAGGGGUUAUGGAUGUUCAUAAAUCUGAUGAACAGCAAAAUUUUGAUCCAGAUAGUUGCAUAGGUGAAGCUUCUGUUGAGCCAACUUAUGAAUGUUCAAAGAUUGCAAUUGAGGUCUCACAAACCCUAAGCUAUGAUCAUGGUAGCCCCGAUUGUGGUACAAUGCCUUGUCGUGGGAAUGAAACCAAAUGUGUGUCAGAAUUGGCUGGCACAUCAGGGUCGGUUGUUCCGUUUGUCUCCAAAACAGGUUUUUUAGGAAGUGGGGUGCAUUUAGAGGGGAUCAGAAAUAUUGAUCAAAAUAAUGAAGGGUUAGAAUGUGCUUGGGAGAGUUUGACUUCUGAUGCUGCUGAUUUAUUAGUAUUUGAUUCGCCCAGCGAUACAGAGGCUUUUGCGGGCCCUUUCCAGAAACUACAGGAUUCAAGAAUGAAUUUAUGUACUUCUCUUGUAUCUGAGUUCACGCAUGUUGAAAUUAAGAAUACACAAGCUCUUGGUUCAGUUGGGUUUGAACAAUGUGAAUCAGAAAAUCCUCCUUCUCAAGUUGGAGAAGAUAGCCAUCUGAAGGAAAUAGAAGCGACUGGAGAGCCAAGUGAGCAAAUUGAUAAUGAGCCUAUUUCCACUUUAAAUCGCGGUAUGAGAAGGCGCUGUCUGGUUUUUGAGAUGGUGGGAGCUCGCAGGAAGCAUUUAGACGAUAAUUCAAGUUCAAGCUCUUCCAUGUUAUCGCAAUCUGAUGUUAACAUUGAGUCCAAUGAUAAGCAACUUGUUCCUACAAAGCUGGGCCAUGAUUCUUCGCGAUGCAUUCUACCCGGAAUUGGUUUGCACUUAAAUGCUCUUGCAAGAACUUCAAAGGACUACAACAUUGUCAGUCACGAAACUUUGGCUUCUGGAGCGCAGUUUAUACAUGAUCCUGCUGGUCAAGAACCCAUAAAUAAAUAUUUGGCAAUGAUCUCUGUGGAAAGAAAUACGGGUCCUACAGAAAAUGGAGUUCCGGGUAUGGAAGAUGUUUCUCAGGCGUCUGGAUAUAUAGCUAGUGAAGAGUUUAGUCAGAGUAGUCCAAAAAAGAAGAGGCGUAGGCUGGAAAAUGCCGGAGAGAGCGAGGGCUGUAAGCGGUGUAACUGCAAGAAAUCAAAAUGCUUGAAACUUUAUUGCGAAUGCUUUGCCGCUGGUGUCUACUGUGUGGAGCCAUGUUCAUGUCAAGAUUGCUUCAACAAGCCUAUUCAUGAAGCUACUGUCCUUGGAACUCGCAAGCAGAUUGAAUCUCGCAAUCCGCUUGCGUUUGCUCCUAAAGUGAUUAAGAGCUCUGAUUCUGUACCAGAAAUUGGGGAUGAAUCAAGCAAGACUCCAGCUUCAGCAAGGCAUAAAAGAGGAUGCAACUGCAAGAAAUCUGGUUGCUUAAAGAAAUACUGUGAAUGCUAUCAGGGUGGUGUUGGCUGCUCCAUUAACUGCAGAUGUGAAGGGUGUAAAAAUGCAUUCGGUAGAAAGGAUGGAUCCACUUUAAUAGGAGCAGAUGCUGAAGUGGAAGAAGAAGAAGAAGAAACAGAAGCAUGCGAAAAAAGUGUGGUUGACAAAAGUUUACAGAAAAAUGUAAUCCAGAACAUUAUAGAGCGCAAUUCAGAUUCUACUCUUCCAGCAACGCCUUCACGAGCAUUGGUUCAGCAACCAUUUUCCAUUAAGAGCAAACCGCCACGAUCAUCUUUUCUCUCUAUCGGAUCCUCUUCUGGGUUUUGUGGUAACCAAAGGUAAGCUUUAUCGAAUUUUUUGCAACCUCAACACAAGUUUGAGAAGCAAAUCCAAGCUGUUCAGGAAGAUGAAAUGCCCGAGAUCCUCUCUCCUAUCAGUGGCGUAAAAUCUGCUUCUCCAAACAGUAAGAGAGUCUCUCCACCACACUGUGACUUUGGGGCGCCCCCUGGCCAGAGGAGCACCCGGAAGUUAAUAUUGCAGUCUAUUCCUUCAUUUCCUUCUCUCACCCCCAAGCAUUAGAAGUUUUAUGUUCUGGGUGAACUUGAAAUGAAAUUCUUUCUUCUUCGUUGUAGUUAUACGAGUUGUGUCGUUUAGUUGUAUGUCAUUUGAGCUUGUCUUAUGUGCUUGUAUAAUAAUAUUGUGGUUGAUGUUUUUGAUUUUUUUCAAUUAAGUCCCCAAAGUAUCAAA